AUGACGGAAGAUGCCGAAGACGCCGGCUCUUCAAGGCCCGUUAGUGAAUCGGAAAUGUUUGCCCACAUUGCCAGCAAUGCCCAUGUGUUUUACAAGAAUCAACAAAUCAACGAACCUGAAAUUAGCGGCGCGGAAAAAGAAAAUAUUCUCCGCCAGGUGCUGAGCAAGAGCCAUGGAACCUUCCUCUCACGGUUCGGACUGUUCAUGCAAGAGGACCAUCUGAGGUACUUUGAACAAGACGAGCAAACGUUGGCGUACAGUCCCGACGAACGGUACGAAAUUGAUCACCACCUGGAGCGUAUUCGAAGGCUGAAAAACGGUGGCCGUGCCGUCGAUGUGCGCAAUCGUCGCUACGCAGCGUUACUGAAGCUGUGCCAAGAUGGAUCUUACUUUAGCGAGCAGGAAAUGAUGCAACGAGAACCCUUGCUGUACGACCAGCUCGUGGGUCAGUACAUGACCGAGAGGGAAAAGCGGGAGCGCGAUGCGAGCGUGCCGUUGCCGCGCAGUGUCGUGAGCAUUAUCUACAACCAGAUAGACAAGGAUCAGGCUCAGGAAACACUGCACCAACAGGAACAGGAAGAGUGUCGCCAGGAAGCGAGCGCUAAGGUUAGUGGCGGAUGGUUGGAGGAAUCGAAUCGCCAUUCUCGACCCAACUCGCCCGGAUUUCCCCGUCCUCAGUGGGGAAACUUUGACGAUGAGGAAGAAUCGCGCUUAGAAAUGCGACUUCAGGAGCGGCACAAAAAGGCCCGAGAGCGCCAAUCCACUCCGGCACACCUCAUGACCGCCGAUGAGCGACAGCUGCUGCGGGACGAAUUUAACGGCAUCAUGUACGCUCGCUUCAUCGCGGGCGAGGACAAAGAGUUCGACUACUCGCAGGUGGACGAUUCGCUGGAGUACGAUGAUCUGGAUAUCGUGGAACAGGAUGAGCAGGAGAAGUAUUUUGACGACGACGAAGACGAGCCGGAAGCGCCGGUGUGCGCUGAAGGUGGUCUCGCCGGAGAAGAGAGCGAAGAUGAUUUGGACGUGUACAUGAGACAUCUUGAGCAGGGCAGCGUUAACGGUGACGGCGCACCGAGGUUCCGUGAGCCACAGCAUGAAUACGAGAGCGAUGAGUAG